AUGCUGAAGAUGGGAAAAAGUCUGAAAGACAUAGAUGGAAUGCCACUGCCUAAUUCUUCUUUAAUAAGAAACUCGGGUAAUAGAUUGGUCAACGAAGAGCUUGAAUAUGACCAAGAUCAAUUAAAAAUAUUGCAUGAAAAAUCAUUUGCUGCUUUAAAUCCUUGCCAAAAGUCAGCUUAUGAAGCAAUAAUACAUUCUGUGGAGAAUGAAGAAGGCAAUUUAUUUUUUAUCAAUGGACAUGGCGGUACUGAUAAAACCUUAAGGGAUAUUUUAAAAACAAGGUAUGAAAAUAGUGCUACCAAACCUUUUGGAGGACUUACAGUGGUAUGUGGUGGCGAUUUCCGUCAAAUAUUGCCAGUUGUCCCAAAGGGAACAAGAGCUGACAUUGUUGAUUCUUCUCUUAAUUCAUCCUACUUGUGGUCAUUUUUCAAAGUAUAUCAGCUCAACCAAAAUAUAAGGCUCUAUAAUGGAAGUGUUAGUAGCUCUGAGGCUGCUAAAAUCGCUUCUUUUGACAAAUGGUUGUUGCAGGUUGGAGAUGGUACAUUAUAUGAUGACAUUGAUAGACAAUCAAUUAAAAUUCCUUCUGAUAUAUGGAAAAAACCAUCUGAAGAUCCAAUGAAAUCUAUAGUUGAAGCUAUCUAUCCUUCGCUUUUACAUAAGUACAAUGAUCCAGCAUAUUUGAAAGAAAGAGCUAUAUUAACGCCAAAAAAUGAAAUGGUUCAUGAGUUAAAUGAGAUGAUUAUGAAUAUGAUACAAGGAGAAGGGAGAACCUAUUUCAGCUCUGACAAUAUAUGCAAAGCAAGUGUAAACGCAAAUGAUGAAGACCUUCUAUAUCCACCUGAAUUUUUGCAUAGCUUGAAAUUUAAUGGCAUCCCAAAUCAUGACAUACGACUUAAGGAAGGUGUUCCUGUAAUGCUGCUUAGAAAUUUGAAUCAAACAGAAGGUCUAUGCAAUGGCACAAGGUUGAUAGUCACCCGUCUUGGUAAAUGGUCAAUUAGAGGUGACAUCAUUUCUGGAACAAAUAUUGGUCAAAACGUAACGAUUCCAAGAAUUAUCAUGUCUCCCAAUGAAUCAAGGUGGCCAUUCAAGCUCAAUAGACGACAACUUCCUUUGGCCCCAUGUUUUGCGAUAACAAUCAAUAAAAGCCAAGGACAAUCUCUUAAACAUGUCGGCUUGUAUCUCCCUAAGCAAGUAUUCACUCAUGGUAAAUUAUAUGUUGCUAUCUCUCGAGUUACAACAAGAGAAGGAUUGACCAUAAUAAAUGCUGACGAUGAGGUGGAAGACAAACCAUUCAUCAAAAAUAUCGUGUACAAUGAAGUAUUCCAAAAUAUAGUAUAA